GGCGCAAGAAAGGGAGCUGGGGCGGCGCUGGAGGCGCCAGGCGGCAAGGAGAGCAAAAAGGAUGCGGGAGGGGCCUGAGAGGUGCGAGGCUUAGAGGCGCAUGGGAGGGGCCCGGAGGCGCGAAGCAGCGAGGGGAAUAGACGGGCGCGGAAAGAGUCUGAGAGGCUCGAGGCAGUGAGGGGCUCGGGAAGGGCGCGAAGCUCUGUCAGGGCCUGGCGGGGGAGGCGCACUGGGACAUGUGUCGGUUCUGGCCGUCCUGGCAUUGUAUAGAAACCCACUGUGUCCAGUUCGGGGUCGCGGGGCCGGGGCCAUGGCCAGCUAGAGCAGCGAGGGCCUCAGUAAUCCAGGCGGCAGGCUCACGGAGCCAGGCAAGGAAGGGUUAAGCCCACCGAGCUCCCGCGGCGGUGCAGCCUAGAGUGGCGGCGGCUGGGGCUGCAGCGGAGGCUGGGCCGGGCGGAGCAGGAGAAAGGGGGGGAGGUGAGGAAAGGGGGAAGUAUGGAGAGGAGGGGGGACGGCUGCGGGGCCGGGGCCGGGCCGGGCGGGGACAGGAUGCCGAGGGGGAACUUCCUGUUCCCCCAGCCCCCCGCCCCCCGCCCCCGGCCCGGUCCCGCCGCCGCCUCCUCCGCCCCAGCCCCGGUGCCAGUCCUGGUCCCCGCCCCGGCUCCCACUCUCCACGUUGGGGACAGACGGGGACCAGCCGCCCGCAGCCCAGCCCGGGGAAGCAGCCGAAGCCGGGGGGAGACGGGGGGAGCCCGCAGCCCGAGCCGCAGCUGCCCGUCCCCCCUCCUCUCGCCGAGCUCCCUGGAAACUCAACUUGACCUCCAAGAUGGAGCGAGGGGAUGAAGCAUGUGUGCUGGACCUUCGGUGCUCUGAGGACAGGGAUAUCCCGCAAGGAGUUCAUUCAGGAGUUGGGAGUGAGAAUGAGGAAGAAGAGGAGGAGGGGAAUGGCAGCCCACAGCCGCUCUUGGCCACAACUCCAUCCGGGGAUGGUGAAGAGGAAGAGGAGGAACCUGAGCUACGGCAGCCACGGUUGCUUCGUGGUGUGGGGGCUGGUCGGGGUCGGGGCCGGAAGCUGGCGCCCCCUGCUCCCUUAACCCCUGCCCGCGGCUAUGAAAAGCUUAAGGAGCUGAUGGUUUUGCCUCCGAUGGCAGCAUCAGUCGCAGCCCCUCCUAGUCCUGGCAGUGGGGAGCCCCAGAUCCCACCUCGGAAACGCCGGCGGCGGAGCCGGGACCGGCCCACUAUUUGUGGGGAAUGUGGGAAGGGCUUCAGCCGAAGCACCGAUCUAGUCAGGCACCAGGUGACGCACACAGGUGAGCGGCCCCACCGCUGUGGGGAGUGUGGCAAGGGCUUCUCGCAGCACUCCAACCUGGUCACGCACCAGCGCAUCCACACGGGCGAGAAGCCCUACGGCUGUGCGUACUGCACCAAGCGCUUCGGGGAGAGCUCCGCUCUGAUUCAGCACCAGCGCACGCACACAGGUGAGCGGCCCUACGCCUGUGCGGACUGCGGCAAGCGCUUCAGCGUCUCCUCCAACCUGCUUCGCCACCGGCGUACCCACUCAGGGGAGCGGCCCUAUACAUGCGCAGACUGCGGCGAGGGUUUCCGCCACAAAGCUCAGGCUCGGCGACACCAGCGGCAGCUCCACGGGGGAGGAGGUGGCAGCGGGUUGGGGUUAACAGGACCUUCCGUGGGACCCGGAGAGCCUGGGCCACAGCUGGUGGAUGAAGAGGGGAUAGGGGACAUUGGGGAAGGGGGCGAGGGUAGCCCUGAUGAUCAAAGAAGCUGAAUGAACUUUGGGAAAUAAGAUCUGGGGUGGGAAGGGUGGGAAAGGGCAGGCUGGCCUGGGUGGGGAAAGGGAUCCCAAUGGGAGGGUGCGGUGGGGAGCAGGGAGUAGUGACCAUUCUAGGCUGAGGAGUAAGGGAUCUGAAACUUUAAAGAUAGUGGUUCUGGGACCGGAGGUUGGGUUCUCUUACUAGGGUUGUCAAGGUUCCUGAAAAGGAUAGAAAUGGCGACCGAUCGUUAAAAGUAUAUUAAGGUUCUUUGGUCCGGGGUUCUUUAAUGGUCUAGGGAGCAGGUACUUGGAGAAGGCAGGACUUUGGGAACUAACCCUGCAGUGAUUGAGUUUGAUCUCUUAAGAGGUAAGGUGUUGGGAAUGUCUAAAAUAGACUCAAGGGUUGGACCGGGAACACUGGGGCAUAAAGAUAAGGGGAAAGGGAACCUAAUCUUAAAAGUUUUCCCUAAUAAAGCAGUGGAGGGGUAGAGAGAGAGAGAAUAUAAUUUAUUUCCUCCGAGGUAGCACAAGAUGUGGAAUUUUGAGGUAAGCAUUAUAAUUUCUUUUAGUGACUUUUAUUUUGGAGGGAGAGACAUUUAUAUUCCCCUCCUUUCCCUGAAUGGUCAGGUAGAAUAACUACUUUGUCCCCCGACAAUCUUCUCAGAAUCCACCUCCUAAAGCAAAUUAUGUAGAGAGGAAAGAGGUCUUGUGCUAGAGCGGGAGAUCUUUAGACUUCCUAGCAGUGGAUGGAUUUAUUCUAAUGAACAUUUAUUAAUAACUGGCAGUAUGCAGACCACUUCAUUAAACUUGAAAAAGAUAGAUAGUAAGUAAGCUAUGGUCCUGCCCUUAAGGAUCUUUAAGUCUGGUAGAUAAUACUGAUGACUGAAGAGAAGACAAGCUUGUGUGAGACCAAGUCCAUAUUUUCUCUGAAGAAAGAUUCUACCCAUGGGUCUGCUCCUGUAAACUAAGAGCAAAAGGAACAGAAGGCCUUCCCACUUCCUGUUCCCCUUUUCCCCUAUAAGUUCAUUGUGAAAGAGGCCAUGGAAAGAAGGGAUCAGACUUAUUGUUUGAUUGGGUAGCUGGAAGGGCUGAGUCCUUGGAAUGGAUGAGUAGGACUUGGGGAUAGUGGAAAUGAUCCUUGACUUUUAAAAAAUGCAUCGAGAAUUCAGCAGCAGAAUUGUGCUUAGAGCUAGUGACAUUUUGAAUAGGGAAGGCCCCUUUGGUGGAUUUUCUUCACCUUCUGCACCCAAACACCACUCUGGCUCUCUUCCCUAUUCUUUCCUUUCCUCUUCCUCUGUUACUAACCCUCUUUGCACACAACUUGUAAUGUUUAUACAAAAAUGUUAGGCAGUGAGUAAAUUUUACAAAAAGAAUAAAAGUUUGAGUAAAUAGAGUAUCUGUCCUUGUCUUGCUGUUUCAGGAUAAACCAUCUCUAUCUUUAGGCCCUUAUCUCAAUAGUCCUUGACUCUUGUUUACAAUACAAAGGACUUUUCCCUGUUAAGUUGGGGGUUGGGGCAAGGAAUUGAGUCUUGGUAAUUUUUUUUUCCCCCGUAUACAGAUACUGAUCUUUCAGAAUCAAUUGUAACUUAAGGCUCUUGGCCUGAAAUAUCUUAAAUUUUGAGCCAUAUGGGAUGAGCUCAGGUGGUUAGGUAGAGAAAAAACUAUGUGUUGCCUGGGGGAUGGGAAAGAUCUAAAUCCAAGUGUUUUGAUAUUUAAAAACAAAACCAAAAAAAACCUUCAGAACAUAAUGACUAUUAAGUUCUGGGCUGAAAUCAUUCACAAAAUUGGGUCCUGUUGUUCAAGGACUUAUAUACUCACAGCUCUAAACUGGUUUUUACCUGACCUCGGUACUACAGACCUGAAAAAAAAUGGAGUAAUCACUAGGGCUUGGUGAAUAGUUGUAACUUGAGGAUGAGGAAGAAGAAAGAAAAAAAAUGAUCCUAAGUUUUUAGAUCUGGGUGAGUAGAAAAAUGAUAGUACUUUUGACAUAUGAGUAGGGAGAGCUGAGCUUGAGAAACUUGAUGACUUAUCCUUGAACAUAUUGAAUUUGAGUUAAUGGCUGGGCAUUGAAAUGGAAAUGGACAGCAAGUAGUUGUAAAUAUAAGAUUGCAGAAGAAAGAACAAGGCUGGAAAUACAUAUUUGAGGAUUAAUUACAUACAUUGGACAAACAUUUAUUAAAUAUCUGCUGUGUGCCAAACAUCUAAUGCUAGGGAUAUAGAGACAAAAUGACAGUUACUUCCUUCAAGAAACUCAUGUCUACUUGGGGAAAUUAUAUACACAAAUACAAAAUAUAUUUAAAAUACACAAUAUAUACAAAGUAAACACAAGAUUUUAUGAUGGGAAAUGGAAUACCAGGACUUGGAAAUGUCAAAAUAGAGCUCAUAUAACAAAUGGCACUUGAGUUGAAUCUUAAAAGGAACUUAAGGGUUCUAAAAGGAAGUAAGAAGGGAAUUCAUUCUAGGCAUAAAGGAUAAUUGAUACAAAGACAUGAAGAUGGGAAAUGAAAUGUCAUGGAUGAAGAAAACAGACUGAUUGCAUUAGAAUGCAAAUGCAUUAACCCUGGAAAGCCAGAAAGCUGGAGCCAGAUUGUGAAGAGUUUUAAAUGUCAGACAGAGGAGGAUAUAUUUGAGCCUAGAGAAAAUAGAGAGUUAUCAAGCUUCUUGAACAGGGAUAAAUCAGAACUAGGCUUUAGGAAUUUGAAUUAGGCAAUUGUGUAAAGGUUGAAUUGGAUGGGGGAGAGACUUGAGUCAGGCAGAUGGAUUAAGUAACUUUUGAAAUAAUACAAGUGAGAGGUGUUAGGGAUCUAGAUUUGCAUGGCAGCCAUUUUAGUGGAAAGAAGGGCAUGCAUUUAAGAGAAGUGGAAGUAGAAUCAAGAAAACAACUACUGAAUGAGGAAUAGGGGAAGGAGAGAAAACAAUCAGGAAUGACUCAAGAUUAUAAACCUGGUAACUGAAAAGAUGGCAGUGCCCUCAAAAGAAUUAGGGAAAAUGGAUUGGGGAGGGAUAAUUGUAGUUUUGUACAUGUUGAAUUGGAAAAGUCUGUGGGACAUCCAAUUAGAGAUGUUUAAUAGGCGGUUUGUUGGUGAUGUGGGACUGGACCUUAGAAAAGAGACUGGAUUUGAAUAUAUAAAUUUUGGCAUCAUCUGAAUAGAGAUAAUAAUCAAACACAUGGGAAGGGAUGAGAUUAGCAAGUACCAUAGUAUAAAGUGAUAAAAUAAGAGGGCCCAAGAGAAAACCUUGGGGGACAUCCACAGGUGGUAGAAUUAUAAUUGAACUCAUGAUAACUGAUGAGAUCACUGAGGGAGAGUGGAAAGAGAGGGGGGUCUGCUAUAGAACUUUGGAGAAUGCCUAUAGUUUAGGGAUGGGACAUGCUUGGUUUCCAAGAAAGAAUGAGAAGUGACAGCUAAACAAGAAGAGAUCCGAGAGAGCACAUGAAAUCUCAGGGAACGGAGAGAAUAAAGGACAAUGGUCAAUGGUGUCAGAUGUUGCAGAGAGCAUUGCAGUGAUAACUGAAGACACAUGAGCUCCUUGAAAAAGAAAAUCUAAGCAAAUACCAGAGGACAAAGAUACAGGCAGCAUCCAGUAUGGGCUUGGGAGUUUGAUAAAUUGUGUUUCAAAUAUCAGUUGGUUAUUUUGAGAUCAGAAAAUCUGUUCCAUUGGAUUCAUGUUAUAAUGGUGACAAAGUUCCUAGUCCAGUUCACGAACCUGCUUGACUCAUGAUGUUACUAUAGUGAUAGUCUCUUAUCCUGAGACUUGUCCUGCAGAGUUCUGAGGCCCAAAUCAUGAGUCCCUUUGAAUCCUGAGCUCCAAUUGAAGUCUAUCUGAGCACAGAUCCACUAGUCUUGACCCAUUUAGUUUCUAAAGGUAACAAGUCCUGAGCUUGAGUACUGAAAUUCUCCUAACUUUUAGGCUUCAAUAGUUUGAUGUUAUGGAAUAUAGGUGUGAUCAUGGAUUCAACCCAUAGCAGAGCUUCCAUAUUCUAGGAUCAGGAACCCUUGUAGUAGCAACAUUCUCCCUCUCCUCCCUCCCCUUUACCCUUCCUCCCCCUCCCUUUCUGUCUCUUCCUCUCCCCUUC